AUGGAGCACACCGGCUCCGCACUCCGCGGGCGCUGGCCCGGUGAUAAUAGCCCCCUGCUCACUGUUAUGGCCGAGGUCGCGCAAGCGCCCGGCAAACCGACACAAAUCUUACGCAGUCCUCUCAGUUGGCUCGCUGACUCUGGCACCAUGACAUGGGCUUACCUCGUUGACUGUCUGCAAAUGUGUCUUGAAAGGCCGCUCGAAGGACGUCUCUUUGAUGAGCACGGCGCCCAAGUCGACGUGAAAGGUCCCGUUGCACCAAAUGCAGAAGCCUACACGCUCGUGUCAACAGGUGAGUGACGAGCUCGUACAGGCCCAGGUGGCGUAUGAUCCUCCCCAUUCAAUGCACUUAAUUGACGCACAAGGUGAUCUUCGCGAUGGCCGGGAGACGGUCAACCGUUCGAUCUGGCGGCUGGCCCCAUCGGCAAGAAUCGCUUUGAAAUUCCAAGUCCAAGGCCACCAUCGCCCAGAUCGAACAGUUCAGACAGCGACUCGAGCGGGUCGUCAAGUGAUGGUCGGGUAGGCAAUUCAUCGUCUGUUGACAUGCGUCGAUACAAUAUCGCGCAACUUUGCACAGAUCGCUUCGGCUGAAAUGAUGUGGCCCGCGUGUCACAGACCUCCUUCCGCAGAAGUCUUCUAGCUCGCGAUGGCACUUGUUUGAUCUCUAAUAAAGAUACCCACGGUUGGAUCGGUGCUGCUCACAUCAUUCCCAUCACCCGUCAAGACGUGGGUCCCUCUUCCCCCACCCACCUUCUUGUUGACUUGAAAAUUUGCUGAUGCGAUUUCGCUCUGCAGAUCUGGGACCACUUCGGGGUAGUUGACGUGUACGACGCCUCUUGCGGCAUCUUGCUGGGCAUAAUACAGCACAGACAAUUCGCUUACUAUGGAUGGUCACUCUACCCACUGGGAGUCAGUCAUCACAUUCAUCCUCGAACGCCGUGCUGAACACCUCUGCGAGCUGUUCUGAUUGGCUCUGCGUCCCUUCGUCUCACGGCAGAACGGGGAGUACAUAAUCCACUAUUUUCAGCCAAGUAGUGAAGAGGAGAACCGGUGCCACGGCAAGCGCAUCCAUCGCUCGCACUUUCGCUGCCCAGAUGAACGAUUGCCAAAGGUCGAGUAUCUCAGAUGGCAUUACAAGCAGUGCGUUUUGAUGCAUCUCCGCUCAAUCGCCAUUCCAGAGUAA